UGAAGGGUUCAGUGACGAUCAAAGAUGGCUGCGCUCACGUAAUACCGCGAGCGCCGGUUGACCUCAGUUUUUUUCUCCUUGUCACCUGGCUCUGGUAGUGGCAGGCUGAGCACGAGGACCAUGCUGGGCCGGACCCUCCGAGAAGUUUCUGCGGCAUUGAAACAAGGCCAAAUUACACCAAUAGAGCUCUGUCAAAAAUGUCUUUCUCUUAUCAAGAAGACCAAGUUUCUAAACGCCUACAUUACUGUAACAGAAGAGGUGGCCUUAAAACAAGCUGAAGAAUCAGAAAAAAGAUAUAAGAAUGGUCAGUCCCUUGGGGAUUUAGAUGGAAUUCCUAUUGCAGUAAAAGACAACUUUAGCACAUCUGGCAUUGAGACAACAUGUGCAUCAAAUAUGCUGAAAGGUUAUGUACCACCUUAUAAUGCUACAGUAGUUCAGAAGUUGUUGGAUCAGGGAGCUCUACUAAUGGGGAAAACGAAUUUAGAUGAGUUUGCUAUGGGCUCUGGAACCACAGAUGGUGUAUUUGGACCAGUUAAAAACCCCUGGAGUUAUUCAAAACAAUAUAGAGAAAAGAGGAGGAAGCAGGAGCCACAUGGUGAGAAGGAAGAUUCAAAUUGGCUAAUAACUGGAGGAAGCUCAGGUGGGAGCGCAGCUGCUGUAUCAGCAUUCACUUGCUUUGCGGCUUUAGGAUCAGAUACAGGAGGAUCGACCAGAAAUCCUGCUGCCCAUUGUGGACUUGUUGGUGUCAAACCAAGCUAUGGCUUAGUUUCUCGUCAUGGUCUCAUUCCUCUGGUGAAUUCAAUGGACGUGCCAGGAAUCUUAACCAGAUAUGUGGAUGAUGCAGCAAUUGUGUUGGGUAUACUGGCUGGACAUGACCCCAAAGAUUCUACCACAGUACAAGAUCCUGUUAAACCAUUCAUGCUUCCCAGUUUGACAGAUGUGAGCAAACUAUGUAUAGGAAUUCCAAAGGAAUAUCUUGUACCAGAAUUAUCAAGUGAAGUACGAUCUCUUUGGUCCAAUGCCGCUGACCUCUUUGAGUCUGAGGGAGCCAAAGUAAUUGAUGUAUCCCUUCCCCACACAAGUUAUUCCAUUCGUCUGCCUACCCACCCGCGUACAUUGUGCACAUCAGAAGUGGCAUCGAAUAUGGCAAGAUUUGAUGGGCUAGAAUAUGGUCACAGAUGUGAAAUUGAUGUGUCUACUGAAGCCAUGUAUGCUGCAACUAGACGAGAAGGGUUCAAUGAUGUGGUGAGAGGAAGAAUUCUCUCAGGAAAUUUUUUCUUAUUAAAAGAAAACUAUGAGAAUUAUUUCAUCAAAGCCCAGAAAGUGAGACGCCUCAUUGCUAAUGACUUUAUGAAUGUUUUUAACUCUGGAGUAGAUGUCUUGCUAACUCCCACCACCUUGAGUGAAGCAGUACCCUACUUGGAGUUCAUCCAAGAAGACAACAGAACACGAAGUGCCCAGGAUGAUAUUUUCACACAGGCAGUAAAUAUGGCAGGAUUACCAGCAGUGAGUAUCCCUGUAGCACUCUCAAACCAAGGGCUGCCAAUAGGACUGCAGUUUAUUGGGCGUGCAUUUUGUGACCAGCAGCUUCUUACAAUUGCCAAGUGGUUUGAAAAACAAGUACAGUUUCCUGUUACUCAACUUCAAGAACUCGUGGAUGAUUGUUCAUCAGUCCUUGAAAAUGAAAAAUUAGCUUCUAUUUCUCUAAAACAAUAGAGAUAAAUGUAUCAUGCAAACUAAAAUGAUGUUUAGAAAUUCUGUUCUCUAGAGAGCCAAAUGAUCUUGCUCAAUUCUUGUAAUUAGGUUCAUUCUCAAUACAGUCUUUCCUUGGAAUCACUUUUUUGAAUUCUUGUGAUAAUUAAUUAUAAAUAAUCUAUCAGCAUUUAUUAAGCAUCCACUAAGUAUUUGUACAGGAUUUCUACUAUAACACAAGAUAAAUAUUCCUGAAAAACAAUGCAUUCUGCAAAAAUUUUAUUUAAAAAGAACAAGAGCUUACAGUAAAAAUAAGAUCAGGGAUAAACUCAAAACUUGCACAUCUUUGUAACUAAAGCACUAACAGAAACAAUAAAAAUUGCACCUCCAGAGAUAACCUAGAUAGCCCAGGUAGGCAGCUCAUCUUGUGGUGAAGGCUGUCUCAGGGGAUAUUAAAAAUGCACAGAAACAAUCAAGUAGGAAUAUUGGAUUCUGCAUGUUGAGCAAAGCAGGUGGAAGAGGAGCUCUGAGCACUGGAGGAAGUGUAACCUUUCUGGGGCAGAAUCAUGCAAAACUUGGGGUGUGCUGCUCUGGGGAGGAGCCCCAGGUGCACACACUCCUUUUAUUUCUCUAAAAAUAGAGCUGAAAUUAUUGAGAACUUUUUUUCCUUCACUCCUUAGAGUUAAAAUUUUACUUCUGUUAUUCCAGAACACAUGCCUAGGAGCCAGAACAAUUCUGUGUUACACUGAGUUAAUUCUCUUGUUUACCAGUCACAAAUGAGCUCAUUGAUGUCAUAGAAACAUUUGUUGUAAACUAACAGACCAUAUUGGAAUGGAAACUCGGUAGAUGGUAGAGUAUGGUUUUAGUGAGAAACGUUCAAAAUACAUGGUAACACAAUGUGAAAAAUUUGCAGAUAAUUUGUGGACAAUGCUAAAGGAGGAGGCCCAUGGGAGGGUCCUCCGUGACCCCAGAUUCUCUGUUUCUUAUGGUUUCCUUACCCUCUUGACUGCAAGUGUUCUUUAUUUGGGCUCCUUGAUCCCAGAGAGACAUUAAGGGAUGUAUAAUAAUUGUAUUAUAAAAUGUAUAAUAAAAUGUAUAAUAUAUUUGACAAAAAUCUAAUGGAAAUUGUACAUUUACUCACCAUAAGACUAUCAUUGGCUUUCUUUCUCUUUGCUGGGACACUAUUGUCACCUCAUGUUGAUCAGGUGUUCUAAUUUGGCACUUGUAUAUUGUUAAUAAAGAAGAUUAGAAAGCUGAACUAUUAUUUACUAAAUUCACUUUGUUUAGUAAGAAAAAACCUUUUCUAAAUAAGAAGUACAGGAGGAAAAAAUACUAAUAGGCAGAACCCCUGGGAUGUUUUUAUUAUAACAAGAGGAAACCAUUUUAGUUGAAGGAGCUAAUAUGAUAUAAAGCACAAGUAAAUAAAUCUUUGCCCUGGUCAUUUUUUAUGUAUGUAUAAUUUGAAAUGAAAAUUUUUCAAAGAAUAUUUACCCUCUUGUUCCUUUAUCUCCACUUGAGCUACACUAACAAUUUAAAUCUGGAAAUAGAGAAGUCAAAUACUUACUGUUCUCACAUCAUAAUACCCAGCUAGCGUGAAAUGAUACCUAGUUUGUUUUUCUUUCCUCUUCAUCUUUACCCUAAAUCUAGUAGAUCUCAUUUUGCCAAGUCACUGUCUGGGAAUUUGAGUGACAAAUGGUUUUUGUGUCUCAGCUAAUUAAACCCUGAAAUUAUUAGCAGCAGAA